AUGCUGCUNCUACAACAAGAAGCAGCAUCUUUUCUGUUUGCGGGACAUGAAGCUGGCAGUAAUUUAAUGACUUGGUGCUUCUACGUACUUCUGAAGUACCCCGAUGUUUAUCGUGAUUGCCAAGAUGAAGUUGAUCGAUUGUUGGAAGGGAGUAUAGUUCCUGAUUUUGAUAAAUUAAACAAAAUGAACAUUCUCGAUGCAGUUUUGCACGAAACAUUGCGCUUUUAUCCGCCACUACCAACGAUCCGACGUGAAUGCAUUAUUGAAAACUAUAUUGGUCCGCCAGACCGGCAAAUACGGGUUCCGAUCGGCACAUCAAUCAGUAUCGACGUUUAUGGCGUACAUCGUUCAGCUGAGUAUUGGCACAACCCACUUGAUUUUGACUACAAACGAUGGCUAGGGUUUGAAAAGAAAAAUAAUUUGUCGAGUUCCUACAUUUAUUUACCAUUUUCGGGUGGUAGACGCAACUGUAUAGGGCAGCCAUUUGCAAUAUUAGAAGCUAAAAUAAUAACGGCAAUGUUACUUCAACGUUUUGAAUUCGAACUUAUUCCAGAACAAACAAUCAUACCCGAUAUAAAAUUGACUAUGAAAUCGAAAAACGGACUAUUAGCAAGAGUCAAAAUUAGAAAGCAGAAUAGGGUGUAG